AUGACUCAUCCUUAUGAAGCAAUCACUUUGGGCUCAAUAUGUGGUUUGUGUUUCAAAGAAAAAGAGUUUGAUAUAGCACCUAAGGGCUUAGGUCUCCUUUCCAAGUUACAUCAUUCAGCUUGGGCUCAUAAAAGGAAAGAAAAUGCAGUUUUGAUAGCUGUGCUGUUAAAAUACACAUAUGCACCUUAUUUUAAUUUUUUGAAUAAGUGGAUGACCGAAGGUAUUUGCUAUGAUCCAUAUGGUGAAUUUCAAAUUGUGGAAGAUUCAAAGUACCUAAGCAGAAGAGAUGAAUUAUAUUGGAAAUUUGCAUACACUGAAAAUCUUGAUGAUUCUAUGAGAGCUGUCCCUUCAGAGAUAUGCAAAUAUUCCCAAGGUAUUCUUCAGUGUGGCAAAAGUAUCAGAUUAUUGAAGCUUUGCUGCCCAGAGCUAUUCAGUUUAAAGUACAUUUUCUGCAAUCCACCACCUGAACUCUCGAUGGUAUUUUCAUUUCAUGCUGCAAUUCAAAAAGCAAAAGCUAGUGUUGCUUAUAUCAAAGAAAAAGAGCAAGUGGAAAAGGCAUAUGAAGCAAAUUGUUUAGAAAUAUCUGAAGAUCAGUUUUUGAUUAAUUGUCAAGUAUUUGUAGAUAAGAGAACAGUGUUUAAUAAAGUAGAAAGAAAGUGGAAUAUUCUUCGUAUAUCUCAUUUAAUGAAUGAAAAUAUAAAAUGCCACCACAGUAAAAUUAGUAAUCUGAAUAACUGCAAGAAUAAAUCAAGUAAACAUACAGAUUCUUCUAGGAAUUCAUUUAGAAAAUGCCAUUCAUUAUGUGAUUUGGCAUUUAAAGAAGAUGGAUCUCAAGGUUUUAGUGGCAAACUUUUGAGUUGUAUUGGCCUUCUGUUUAGCUCAUGUGGCUAUAUAAAUAAUACUGAAUCAAAUAUUUUAGAUUUGAAAAUAUUUACAAAUGACAACUGUAGUCUGUGUUCUGAAGAUUUCAGUAAACAGUUGAAACUCAAAUCAUAUGCUCAUGUUAUCCCAUCUAAAGAAUUUGGACCUGAAAAUCAGUUUUACUGCACAUAUAUUGAUUUAACUUUUGUCUGUGGGCCAAAAGGUAGUUCUGGAAAAUAUAUGUCACGUAAUUUCAGUAGAAUCUCUUCUGAUUUUUUUAAUACAAAGCACUUAUCUCCGAUAUCUCUGAAUUGUGAAGAUGAAAGAAAUUGUUUUAUUUCUAAUAAUGAUAUUUUUCAUACCAAGCUUGCAAAAUCAGCUCGUUCUUUUGCAAAUGAAGAUGCAGUUGAGAAAGCUAUUCUUGUAGGGUCCUUUGCUGACCGUCUUCUUGAUUUACUCGUCAGUGAGUACGGGGACAGUAAGGAUGAUAUAUAUUCAUGUAUACAGAUGACUUCUUUGCAGAGUCUAAUGCUGUAUAAUUUCAAUGCUAUAUUGAAAAUGAGGAUCCACCUUGUUGAGAAGAUGAUAAUGAAGUUUGUUAUGAAUGAUCUACGACUUGAUUCAUUAUUAAUGAGUUUGAGGAAUGUAUACUUUUUUCAAGAUGAAGGAUUCAGUCAAACACUUUGUGAACAUUUGUUUAUCUUGGUACUUGGAUGUAAAUCUCCUGCUGAGUUUGCUAAUUGGACUGUUUUAAAUGAAGUGAUCUCAACUGCUGUUGGUGACAACUGCUGUUCUAAUGCCUCUGUUUUAGCUUCUUUAAGUGUAAAAGCUACAUCUGUCCCUGAAGAUUCUCUUUGGGAAUGGAAUGACUUUCUUCGCCUCUUUCGGAUUGAGUUUAAGGUUGAAUGGCCAUUGAAUAUCAUCAUACAUCGAGCUUGUAUUGCACAAUAUAUGAAUAUAUUCUCAAAAUUACUUGAAAUGGAAUUUCUAUGUUGGCUACUUGGUCGAAUAUGGAGAUCUUGUCUUACUGAUGAAAGGACUCUGCUUCUUCAAGAUUCACCACAGUAUAAAGAAGUAAUGUUAAAAAGAUUUGAUAUGGAUCAGUUUGUAAGAAUUAUUAGAAAUUCUAUAUACUUACAUUUUCGAGGUCCUUUAUGGGAAUAUCUGAUGAAGAGCAUUUCCUCUGAUGGUUUAAGUAUUGAUGCAUUGGAAAAUAUUCACAUGCAGUAUUUAGAAAAAGCUUUGUCAAGAUGUUUCUUAACUGAAGAAAAUAGCAUGCUUCAUGAACUUAUUUCUGUAAUGUUUCGACACAUUUACAACUUCUGUAAAGCAGCUCUGGAAUGUAAUUGGAAGCUAAACACUCAUACUAAUGUAUAUGAAACAUCUGCAUUUACUGAAAUGACUACAGCAUUCCAAAUAUACAAGAAAUUUCAAACUGUAUUUUAUAAACUGUGGCUACAGAAAUCAUUUUCUGUGGGCAGGCAUACUAAAGGAAACAUUGACAAAGAAGUAUGGAAGAUACUGGGACAAAGAGUAUCUAGAAUUUCUUGAAGCUAUAUUAGAGACUAGCGGGAGUGGUAGCUAAUGUAUGAAAAUGUGCAAUGUAAAUAAAUAUAAAAUAGUUGUAUGUAUUCAAA